AUGGGUAUAGCUAUUUCAGAGCUCAGUCAGACCUUCCAAGAUGCCAUCUUUACAACACGAUCACUAGACAUCGGUCUGCUUUGGAUAGACAGCUUGUGUAUAUUUCAGGAUUCAGAGCUGGACUGGCAGCAGGAGUCAGCACUUAUGAGUCAAGUCUACAGCAACAGUACCCUAAACAUCGCUGCCAGUAUCGCUGCCGAUAGCGACGCGGGUUGUUUCCCGGAAAGAACGACAUCUUUUUUGGACCCCUGCUUCGUUCACACGGACUGGGACGACCACGCUAACGGCAGCUAUCGUCUGUGUCAAAAGACCUCUUGGAAUGAAACUAUAGCCGAACGGUCCGGGCACCUACAAUACUGGAUAAUACAGAAUCUAUGGCUGAGCUUCGGACCCAUCCCAAUUGAUCUCCUCUACGAGGUUUUUGGCAACUCCUAUGAGUCCAUGCCAAUGCAAAGGCGCUCUCAAGACUCCAAGCGUGCGCCUUGGCAGCUCUGGCGUGAUAUCGUUGCCAUGUACACCGGUUGCAACCUUACAUACACAAGUGACAAGCUAGUCGCUCUGUCCGGUAUUGCGAAGAUUAUGGAACGGUUGUUCGAUGACGAAUACUGCGCAGGACUCUGGAAAAGCCGUCUUCACAUUAAGCUUGGGUGGAAGCCGUCGCAUCCUAAAAUUGAGCUUGAGUGGACUGCUACGGCGGACCGGACCGGCGCAGUCAUUGGUGGUACUCUGAGAAUAUUCUGCCGGCUAGCGACCAUCAGGUUCUUAUCGACGAAAUCGAGUACAUCUUUCGCUACUUUCAAAUUCAACGAGAAGCUUUUGAAAUCUCGCAUGUCACGUGGAGCGAUCGAUGCACCUCACCACAUCGCAAAGUUGCAUUUUCUAAUUCUUACCAUGGAUCCCGAUAACGCUUAUGGGGGAGAUCAGUCUUGCGGUAUGGAAUGUCUAUUUCUGGUCCUGGCCGGUACUACCGUGGGCCAAUUCCGGAGAGUUGGUUGUAUGAGUAACUGGAAGGAAUUCGCCUCUGUCAAGAACCAAGAUUGGUUCGAGUAUGAGAAAGAUUGCGGAGAUGGCAAGUAUAUCAUCUCAAUCAUAUAG